AGUACUCAGUAGUACAAGCUCUGCCGCUCGGUUGCGUAGGUAACACCGCGGUCUGUACCUGCUGAAUCAUAAAUGGUGUGAGGCUAUGGAAGCAUGUGGUCAGUUGUCGGAGUUUUGACCGCAUCUCAGUCAAAUUUGUUUGGAUUGGAAUUACAGUUCUCACCGGCAUUAAAGUUCUCAAUUGUCUGGAGUAACUGACAUUAUCUGAAUCACGAGAAAAAUAACGAUGGAUACCAAGAAAAAGGUUCAUAACAUUAAGAAUGAAAAGUUCUGUUCCGACCGAACAUUGAAUUGUUUACGCAUCACUUUUAGCAAAGAUUUUUCUAUCAAGCAAGAAUUGAGCUUUAUUGAUUAUAUAGCUGAUUCCUCCAACAUUUUGUUCAAAAAAGAAUUGUAUGCAGUGUGCAAGGAUGUUGAGACUGCUGUUGCCCUGGCAGAGAAGCUUAAGCACUGUAAAGCACUUAGCCGCUUGAUUAAGAAGGUAGUUCGUCUUGGACCUGCAGCCUCUGCCUUCACGAGUCGAUUGAAUGAUCCAACAGUAUUGACUAUAAGGAAACUAGCUGAAGGCAUCACACAUCAGGAAUUGGCAGUUCGUUUCCCUGAAGCCGAUGAUAUUUGCAUUAAAACUACAAUGGCAAAACUUAAAUUUGAUAGCAUCAAAACUUGCAAAAAAGUCUACAGGGAAUUCAACCAAAUUGUGUGGCCAGGAGAUGAGAAACCAUCUGUCAAAGAAAUGGAUUUUAAUUCACCUUUGGUGAAAGGGCAGCCUCACCCCAAGUCAUCUAAAUUUUCUCUGGAUCCAACUGUAGUUCAUCUGAUCUUGACUACAGACUUCAGUUUGAAGAAUCACUGUGCUCUUCUGGACCAGCUGACAACUGCUUCAGACAUCAUUCUUUCCCAGGAGUGUCGUGUGACGUUCAGCGAUGCCAGGGAUGUGUUGAAAAGAAUGGAAAUACUCAAAGAUGUGUCAGUGAUGGGAGAGAAGCUCUCACUUGUGCCCUUCUUGGGCUCUUUGGGUAAAGUCGACAAGAAGAGACCAUGUACAGAAAUGGAGGGUGCCAGUACCAAUGACCUAAAGCAAACGUCAAAAUCGAAGAAAUCAAAGACUGUCUCCAGCGCCGGAAAGAAGUUGCAGCAAGCUCGAACUGUUGCUGCCGUCUGAAAAUGAACAUUUUAUUAUC